GCGCCGCCCGUCUGAGAGAUGCUGGUGUAUUUUCGAGUUAGUACCGUUGAUAUGCUGAUGUUAAUUUUGGUUAGAAGCCGUUUCUAUGAGUAAUUUUAGCUUAGGGUUUAGCAAUUUGCAAACCGCACUAAAAUGCAAAAUGCCAAUAGAAUUGAUUUGUAAAACAGGCUAGGCUGUUAAAAAUACAAACCGUAUUCAAGCUGCAGAGGGUGCUGUUGUUGUUUAAGAAAUUGUAGAAUAAUGAUGGCAAAUAACUAAUGUUUGUAAGCAAGGCAAGUAGCAAGCCAGAAAUAUGAUUGUCACACUUUAAGAAUCUAUGCUUUACAUGUAUGUAAAGCACACUGUAGUUUUUUUUUUAAAUACUAAACUAGUUCUUGGAAAUUCUGGAUCGUUGUGUAAUCAGUCAUCACCUUGAUUUGCUUUAAUGCUACUUCACUGAGGUCAUGAUUGUUGCUCUUUAGUUUAUUCCUCAUAUGAAGUUACAUCUGAGCCAUAGAUCUGUCAGCACCACUAUCGUCUUGCUCAGACUAAAGGUUGUCCAAGGCCUUUCAUCUCACAGAUGGGAGUAAUUUGAGACCACUGAGCAGCCUAUUGUAGCAAUCUACAACUGAGGACAAUCAAAUGUGGACCCUUAUUAAUCCGAGCCUCACUUGGCUAUAUUGAGCUAUUUUUCUUUCAAAAUGAUACGUUAAUGGUAGAUUUCCUCGUUCUGGCUUAUUUUACGUCCCGCUUCUAAUCAACCAGUAGCUGCCAGUCAAACCUAAUUAAGCUGCACACCAGGUUUUGAUUGCAUGGCCCAUUAAAGUCGGCCCAGACAGCUUGGUGCAUUUGACCUGAGUGUUGAAGCGUGCACACCUUUAAAACAACUAAACCUACACCAGCAGCAGUUUCAGAAACAAGCAAACUUGUUACUAUGGGUAAGGAGAAGACUCAUGUGAAUGUGGUUAUCAUCGGCCAUGUGGACAGCGGUAAAUCCACCACCACGGGGCACCUGGUCUUCAAGUGCGGUGGGGUUGAUCAGAGAAAACUGGAGAAAUUUGAGAAGGCUGCAGCACAGGCGGGAAAGAGUUCCUUCAAAUUUGCCUGGGUCUUAGACAAAUUAAAAGCCGAGCGGGAGAGGGGAAUCACCAUUGACAUCUCACUGCUGAAAUUCAACACUCAAAAGUACUCCAUGACUGUCAUUGACGCUCCAGGACACCGGGAUUUCAUCAAAAACAUGAUAACUGGAACAUCACAGGCUGACGUCGCACUCCUGGUGGUAUCUGCUGCAAAAGGAGAGUUUGAGGCUGGUGUAUCUCGGAGUGGUCAGACCAGAGAGCAUGCUUUACUGGCCUACACACUGGGGGUGAAGCAGAUUAUUGUCUGUGUGAAUAAGAUGGAUCUGACUGAACCUCCAUACAGCCAAAAGCGCUAUGAUGAGGUGGUUCGAGGCGUCAGUGGCUUCCUCAAAAAGAUUGGCUAUGACACUGCAAACAUCCCGUUUGUUCCCAUCUCCGGCUGGACUGGGGAGAACAUGAUUGCAGCAUCUCAGAAAAUGCCAUGGUUCCAAGGUUGGAAAGUCAGGCGGCGAGAAGGGAACGCCAGUGGUAAAACAUUGUUGGAGGUCCUGGACUCAAUUCACCCACCUGUGCGCACAAUCAACAAGCCUUUACGGUUACCUCUGCAAGAUGUUUACAAAAUUGGAGGUGUUGGAACUGUUCCGGUUGGUAAAAUUGAAACUGGUGUUCUCAAACCUGGCAUGAUCCUGAUGUUCUCUCCGGCCAAACUCACUGCUGAAGUAAAGUCCAUAGAGAUGCACCACCAGGGGCUGGAGACUGCACUGCCAGGACACAAUGUUGGCUUCAACAUUAAGAAUGUGUCUGUGAAGAACCUGCGCCGUGGAGAUGUGGCUGGGAAUGCCCAGCAGGACCCUCCAUCAGAUGUCAAGAGUUUUGAGGCUCAGGUCAUUGUCCUAAACCACCCCGGCAAAAUAAAGGUGGGCUACUCUCCUGUCCUGGACUGCCACACUGCUCAUGUGACCUGCCGUUUUGCCGAGCUGAAGGAGAAACUUGACCGCCGGACAGGAAAGAAGGUUGAGGAGCACCCACAAAUCUUGCAGUCUGGAGAUGCUGCCACAGUCAAACUGGUGCCCAUCAAACCCAUGUGUGUGGAGAGCUUCUUUACGUACCCACCCUUAGGUCGCUUUGCUGCUAGAGAUCUGAAACAGACUGUUGCUGUGGGAGUUAUCAAGUCGGUAGACAAAGACCCAGGCUCCAAACUUAAAACACAAAUGGCUAAAUAAUUUUGUUCACCAGAUUUCUGGUAUUUGUAAAUUUUGUUUUAAGCAAGGUUCACUGUGGUAACGCGGUAGUAUUUAUGUUGUCUUGAUGUUGAAUAUGCACUCAUGUUCCAAAUGUGUAAGAGUCGGCUGUGUAUUUUAGUUCAAACUUUGGAAUGAGGAUGGAAAAGUAAAGCAAUGGAAAAGUCA